AUGGCUGUGGCCUCCGCUGCCCCAGGGAGCAUCUUCUAUAAGCAGCUCCUUUUCUCUCUCCUGGUUCUGUUAUUAUUUGGUGAUGCUUAUCAAGAAAUUGUUUUCUACGUUCCUUCCUUUAUUCCAGCUAAUAAAGUAGUUGCCAAAGUGGACCUGAAGAAGUAUGCUGAGCCUGAUGCCGUAAUCGCUGACAGCAGUGCCAACCCAAAGGACUUUAAAGUUGAAAAAGAUGGCACAAUUUAUGCACAACGUGACCUCCAUUUGUCUUCUCCAACACCUAUUACCGUUUUAAUCACAGAUGCAGAUCAACAGAAAAUGAACUAUAUUUCACUGGUGCUAUCUACAGAAAAGGUAUAGCAAAGGAGACAUCCUAAAAGUACAUCUCUCCGGCGCAGCAAGAGAAGAUGGGCUCCCAUUCCCUGUUCGCUGAUGGAGAACUCUUUGGGUCCAUUUCCCCAGCACGUCCAGCAGAUUCAGUCUGAUGCUGCACAGAAUUACACUGUCUUUUACUCCAUAAGUGGGCCAGGAGUGGACAAAGAGCCCUUCAACCUGUUCUACAUAGAGAAAAACAGUGGAGACAUUUAUUGCACAAGAAGCAUUGACCGGGAGCAGUACAAUCAGUUUUUGAUAUAUGGCUAUGUGACAACUGCAGAUGGCUACGCACCAGAUUUUCCCCUCCCCUUGUUAUUCAAAGUUGAAGAUGAUAAUGAUAAUGCUCCGUAUUUUGAAACCAAAUUGACAGUGUUUAGUGUGCCUGAAAAUUGCAGAACUGGUACGUCUGUAGGACAGGUGACUGCUAUAGACCUUGAUGAACCUGACACCCUACAUACUCGUCUGAAAUACAAAAUCUUGCAGCAAAUUCCAGAUCAUCCAAAGCAUUUCACGAUACAUCCGGACACAGGGGUCAUCACAACAACUACUCCUUUACUGGAUAGAGAGAAAUGUGAUACUUAUCAAUUAAUAAUGGAGGUGCGAGACAUGGGGGGCCAACCAUUUGGUUUGUUUACCACUGGAACAAUUACUAUUUCACUUGAAGAUGAAAAUGACAAUUCACCAUAUUUCACACAAACUUCUUAUUUUACUGAAGUAGAAGAAAAUAGAAUAGAUGUUGUGAUCUUGCGGAUGACGGUACAGGACCAAGAUUUAGCACACACUCCUCACUCAAAGGCUGUGUACACAAUCCUACAAGGAAAUGAGAACGGCAACUUCAAGAUUAGCACAGACCCAGAAACCAACGAAGGAAUCCUGUGUGUUGUCAAGCCGUUGAACUACGAGCUCAAUCGUCAAGUCAUUUUGCAAAUUGGUGUACUUAAUGAAGCACAGUUUACUAAAGCAGCAAACUCACCCCUUCCUACAAUGUGUACCACAACCGUCACUGUUAAAAUUAAAGACAGUGAUGAGGGGCCUGAAUGCCAACCACCAGUGAAAGUCAUUCAGAGUAAAGAUGGCCUCCCAAUUGGCAAAGAGCUCUUGGGCUACAAAGCGCUGGACCCAGAAUCACGCAACGGGGAAGGCUUAAGAUAUAAGAAGAUAAAAGAUGAAGAUAACUGGUUUAACAUUGAUGAAAACACUGGAAAUUUGAAAACUGUGAAAAUACUAGAUAGAGAAUCAAAAUUUGUAAAAAACAACCAGUACAAUGUUUCAGUUGUGGCAGUGGAUACAGCUGGCCGAUCCUGCACAGGAACACUAGUCGUCUUUUUGGAAGAUUAUAAUGAUCACCCACCACAAAUCGAUAAAGACGUGACCAUUUGCCAGCACAGUCAAGAUUACGCUGUUCUGGAGCCUGAAGAUCCAGAUGGGCCUGACAACGGGCCACCUUUUGAAUUCCUUCUGGAUAGUUCCGUCAAUAAACUUUGGAGUAUAGAACCCAAGGAUGGUAAACGUGCCAUCCUCCGUGGACGGCAACAUCUCGAGAACGACUAUUACUCUGUGCCUAUCCACAUACAAGACAGACAUGGUGUCUCUGCAAAACACGUUUUGUCAGUGAGAGUAUGUGACUGCACAACUCCGUCGGAAUGCAGAAUGAGCGUCAGAGACGUCCAAGUGCCACGCUCAAACGUAAUUCUUGGCAAGUGGGCGAUCCUUUCCAUGAUCCUGGGGGCUGCACUGUUACUGUGUAUGAUAUUUGCAUGUUUCUGUGUCACUACUAAGACAAAAGUAAAGAAAUGUUUUCCAGAGGAUGUAGCCCAGCAAAACUUAAUUGUAUCAAAUACUGAAGGACCCGGAGAAGAAGUAACGGAAGCAAAUAUUCGACUGCCCAUGCAGACAUCCAACAUCUGUGACACAAGCGUGUCUGUUGGCACUCUUGGUGGCCAGGGAAUUAAAAGACAGCAAAGCUUUGAGAUGGCCAGAGGAGGCUACACUCUGGAUUCCAACAAAGGAGGUGGCCAUCAAACCUUGGAGUCCAUGAAGGGAGGAACAGACACCGGCAAGUACACCUACACGGACUGGCAGAGCUUCACCCAGCCUCGGCUUGGCGAAAAGGUGUACCGGUGUGGCCAAGACGAGGAACAUAAGCAUUCGGAAGACUACGUUCGUACAUAUAACUACGAAGGCAAAGGGUCCGUGGCAGGCUCGGUGGGCUGCUGCAGCGACCGGCAGGAGGAAGAAGGGCUGGAGUUUCUAGAUCACCUGGACCCCAAAUUUAGGACAUUAGCAAAGACAUGCGCAAAGAAAUAAAUGUGCC